CUGUCGGCGCUGUGCUUCGGGCUGUCGGCGCUCUACGCCCCGCUGCUGCUGCUGUACGCCCGCAAGUUCGCGCUGCUCUGGUCGCUCGGCUCGCUGUUCGCCAUCGCGGCCGCGGCGGUGCUGCGGGGCCCCAGCAGGCUGGCCGCCGGCCUGCACACCUCCCCCGGGGCCGCCGUCUACCUGUGCGCCCUCGGAGGGACUCUGUACGCGGCGUUGAGCCUCCACAGCACCGUGCUCACCGCGCUGGGAGCCGCCCUGCAGGUCGCCGUCAUCGUCGGCUGCCUGGUGUCGCUGCUGCCCGGAGGCAGCGCCGGGAUCCGCUUCAUGGGCGGCAUGGCGGCGUCCGCCAUCAAAAGGACCGUCACCGGGAAGACCAUGCCCAUCUGACCGGGCAGAGCGCGCCGGAGGCCGGGCACAGAGCCGCGGCGGGUCCGGAGGGCCCCGGAGGACACGGACCGCCCAGUGGGGGGCCGCACUCUGAUUAUCGAUGAUUGACUGAUGGACCCUGAACAUGCGGGCACACUCUGAUUAUUGAUUAUUGAUGAGUGAACCCUGAACGCUGCCCUGCAGGUCAGACUGUUGCUGCUGGUCACAGGACCAAAGAAAGUUUCACGUUUGAACUGUGAAACUUUUUCUCUUUAAAUCAGAAAAAAGGUUUUUUGAGUGAAGAAAAAUACCAGAAAGAAAUAAAGACUAAUGAUGGCUGCAGGUGUCACACACAUUUAGUGCUAAGACUGUGUACUGUGUACACACACUGAGUACUUGCAGUGUGUACUCGCUGUGUGUACUCACAGUGCGUACUCGCUGUGUGUACUCGCUGUGUGUACUCACAGUGCGUACUCGCUGUGUGUACUCGCUGUGUGUACUCACAGUGUGUGCUAACAGUGUGUACUCACAGUGCGUACUCGCUGUGUGUACUCAGGCGUAUUUUGCUGUGCGGACGGUAAACUCUGGGGUGUAUAUUUUCGGAGAGCAGCAGCAGAUUCAGUCUCACCUGUUACACAUAAUUCCAUUUUUUCAGAAAUGAUUUCAGUUAUAAUAAAACAUUUGUUCAAACUAAAA